AUGAAUAAAAAUUUUAGUAAUCAUGAUCAUUACUUAUUAAAAUUAAUAAUAUUUACUUUAAUCUUUGUUUGUGAUUGUGAAUGUAGCAGUAAUUAUAAUUAUGUUACACUACCAUCUAGUUAUAGUGUGAUAGGACCAUUCCCAAUUGGCGAGAGAGAAGAAGGUGUAGAUUCAAUGCAGUACUAUACGAAAGUGGCAGGCGGAGGUGCAAACAGUAUAUUCGAUCUACCACGUGAUUCAUCGGUAUCCUAUCCAUCGGAGUUGGGCAAUGAAGGUCGUGUUCGAUGGUUAGAGUACACUGCCAGCUCUAGUGGCUCGCCGCUGCCCUACAACAACUCAUCGUCAUCACUCUCUAUCGAUUACAACGAUAUACCAUGGCAGUUUCUAGAGUCACAACUCAGUUGGAGUGUCUACAUGUGGUAUGGCUAUGCAGUGGGUCAAUUGGGCGUCGAUCAAUCUUCACCAACCGAUAAAUUCAUAAUCUAUUGUACAAAUGUAUUAAGAUAUUAUAUAAUAGAUAACAACAACAAUAGUAAUGUUUAUGAAUUCAUUGGUGAUCUUUAUAACUAUGGAGUUGCUCAACAGGUUGUAACGCUGGUGCCUGGCGGUAACUAUACUGUUUGGAUUAGAUUGCAAUCAUCAGUUAGACAAUUUCUUUCACCACAUGCAGCAUUCAACCUUACAAUUCUACCGUUUUUACAAAGAGAAGAUGAACAGCAACAACCACCAUUUAUUAUUGUAGAAACAGAUAGUUUAAUGUCAUCGGUUGUAGAUGGUUGGUUAGCAAGUACAUACGGAUCGAUUACUUUGUUGAAUGUUGGAGAUUCACCAUUGCCAUUAUCCAACUUGAAAUUAUAUAAUAGCAAAUUAGAAAUAGAUAUUAUAAAUAAUAACAAUAGUAGUUCUUCUUCUUCUUCAAUAAUUAGUAUAUUACCAGGUCAAAGAUACUCAUUAUCAUUCUCAAUCAAUCAAAUUGACGACGAGUUGGAAUGUUCAACAAUAACAAACAAAUCAAUAUUAGAAAUAUCAGUUAUAUAUGAAUCAUCAUCAUCAUCAGCAAUACUUUGGUGGACCGCUUUCUUUUACUUUCUUGGACUACGAUCAAACUGUACAGUAUGCGGUUGCGUUUCCACCUUCUACGCAGUGUGGGAUUGGUCCCCUGCGUUGUAA